GUAUUUCCUACUUUCUUCCGGCUGUUUGUUGCAUUCCGACGCGCGUCUCAGUUUCGUGACGGAGAGAUAAGAUACCCCGAAGUCAUCAUGCCGAUGUUUGUGGUGAACACCAACGUGGCCAAAAGCGAUGUUCCCGCGGCCCUGCUGUCUGAGGCCACCGAGGAGCUCGCCAAAGCUAUGGGCAAACCUGCACAGUACAUUGCUGUGCAUGUCAACUCUGACCAAAUGAUGAUGUUUGGAGGAAAGGGAGACCCCUGUGCACUCUGCUUCCUGCACAGCAUUGGCAAGAUCAGCAGUGCUCACAACAAGCAAUACUCAAAGCUCCUGUGUGGACUGCUCAACAAGCACCUGAGCAUCUCUCCUGACAGGAUCUAUAUCAACUUUGUGGACUUGGAUGCAGCCAAUGUUGCCUGGAACAGCACAACCUUUGCCUGAGAUGAAAGUCUUCAAAAACACUAAAAUGAAAGAUGAUUCCAUGAUUUUCAUAAUUGCACUACAAUUUUUAAAACUGCAUAAUGAAGUAAUCUGGUAAUCAGCUGGUCAGUAUACAGUAUGACUAGCUUAGAAGCACUUAGCAGGAGUAUUUAGCUUUUCAAGUUAAAUGCAAUAAAAUGAAACUUGAAGAACAUAAA